GGCUCCACCCUAUCCACAACACAACCAUAAGAAUUUGUGUGUACUGGUAUGACUGGAAUAUUGUGAAAACAACUGUGUGGGAGUGUGUCUUUGAGAAUAACUGGGGCCAUAUGAUUCUGUCUAUGGUUGUCUGACCAUGUGAGGUUGAUCGAGUGAUUGAGGUGUGAUUGUGAAUGUGUAGCUAUGGGUAUGAGUACGAAUGUCCGUCAUUGGAUGCCACUGAGGAUUCUUGGCUGCCCUUAUUCAGGCACUAUACCUUCAGUCCCUACAUCAUGCGCUACCCCUCUCCCCACCUUGUCUGGCCAGGGCUUAGGAGCCCUUGGGAAAUGGCUGUCCUAAAAGAGGAAGGGGUGUUUGGCACAGGGGUCUGUGGCAAUGAGGGCCAAAGAGUGUCAUAGGAUGAGCAAUACGUCUUCACCUGCCUCUGACUCACCUGAUGCCCCAGAUAAAAGGCAUCCAGAUAAAAGGUACGGGAGAAGGAGGAGAGAGAAAGAAGUAUCCAGGCUGAGCAGCAUGAAGGGGCCCUCACUCACCAUCAGCCUUCUGCUGCUAUUGCUGCUUCUGAUCCCAGACCUUGGGGCAGUAGUGCUACUGCAACCCAGUGCUACCUGCUGUACUCAGCUCUACCGACAGCCACUCUCGAAAAAGCUAUUGAGGAGGGUCACCCGGGUGGAACUGCAGGAGGCUGAUGGGGACUGUCACCUCCAGGCUUUCAUUCUUCACCUGUCUCAACGCAGCGUCUGUAUCCACCCCCAGAACCGCAGCCUGGCUCGGUGGUUUGAGCGCCAAGGGAGGAGGCCCCAGGGGACUCUGCCAAACCUGAAUUUUGAGCUGAUAAGGAAAAUGGGCCAGGACCCACAACAGCCAAAAGAAUAAAGCAGUAUUGAACAA